UCAGUGAGCAGCAGAUUGGCUGCCAUGACAAAGCUUCCGGUCCUACCUGGGGUCCCUUUAAAUUUCAUAGAGCCAGCCUGGGUAAAAAGUUGUAUCAGCCUACAUCUGAUUUCAACCUCAGUGACCCAAACUGUCACAUUAUGAGGCCGACGUACAACAGUUUGCAUGACCCAAACCUCAAUGAAUACUACCAUCAGAAGGAAAUGCAUGAGAAGUUAAAGAAGCGAAACUUCAUCACUAAAGAGGACAACGUUGUAUGCUCAUUAAAGGAGUAUAACACAUACAAACAUUACCUGGAUACGGUCAAGACUGACCAUCAUAAAACGCACAGCAAAAAGCUGAAGGAACAGAUACUGAGAAUGGUUCAGUUGCAAGAGGAAGGCCAUAUACCUAAGGACGUUACCCUGGAAGAUAUGAUAGAGUACUUGCAUCUUCAGUCAACCAUUGGUUCCAGGGACAGGGGACAGAAAUAUGGCCUGCAAACUGCGUUGUAUGACCAAGAGAGAGAGUUUAAAGAGGAUUGGGUUUCUAAGGAGCGAUCCAGGCUGAAACUCAUUGAAAAGGAUGUGAGGCACGAUUUGAACAAGGCCAAGUAUAUGAAAGAGGCCAAAGAAAAGCGCAUCAAAAAGAAAAUGUGCAUUAUGGAACAAAAACAGGCUAUUCAGUUGAGGAUAAUGGAAGAGGAAUUGAAAAACCUCCAGGAGUUUGAGAGGUUGAGAGAGGCCUCUAUCAAACCAAAUAAGCUGCUGGAAGAAAUAUUUGAAAAACCAGCAUCUGCUCAGCCUGCUCUCAAACCUGCUCACUCCAAAACUGUAAAGAAAACAGUUUCUCUGUCAGGGAAAUCUAAGGAAAAGCCAGCCAUGCUACAGAGGAGACCAAGCCUUGCACCACUCCAGAGGAGACCAUGCCUGGAUGGUCUGGCACCGCUGAAGGGUUUCCAAGAACCUGUUUUUAGGAUCUUCAAAGCCAUCAAGGGACAAAGCAUCCCAGACAGAGCUCAGCUGAAAUCUGUCAUCCUCGACCACUUAGGCUCCAAGCUUGUCAGGAAGCAGCUGGCGGAGUCAAUCAGGGAUGAGGUCAAACUGACGAUUCCAGGGUCUACACCAGCGGCACACUAA